AUGCUUAAGAUUGAUCCGAACCAGGUAUCGGUUGAUAAAGGUCGAUAUCAGAGACUUGUUGAAAGAUUUGAGUAUCUAGCUCAUACUAAGCCUAACCUUCACUACACCUUGAGUGUGGUUAGCCAGUACAUGCAUGAUCCUUGCAAGCAACAUAUGAAGGCACACGAUUGGAGAAAACAUGUUGAAGUUGAUAGGUUCUUUAUUAAGGAGAAAUUGGAGGAUAAAAUUGUUGAAGUGGCCGCAAUCAGGACAGAAGACGAGUUAGCUAAUAUACUUACUGAGGCAGCAUCGAGUCGUGUUUUUUCGAAGGUCUUGGACAAGUUAAGCAUGUGUGAUAUCUAUGCACCAACUUGA